AUGGAGACCUUUCAUGUAAAACUACUUUCCCUACUAUUCAUCCUUCUAAACUCGGUUUGUUCCACAACUUCAAGCUCCAUUUCUGAAAGCUUUGUUCAAUGUUUUUCCUCCCACAUUCAGAACACCAACUUCAGCAAUGAAAUCAUUCUCACCAGAACCAGUUCUGCUUACCCUUCAGUCUUAGAUUUUUCCAUACAAAACCUCAGAUUCUUGAACAAUUCCACACCAAAACCAGAGGUCAUCAUUACUCCUUUUGAUGAUACUCAUGUUCAAGCAGCUGUUAAUUGCUCCAAGCGUAUUGGCAUACAGAUUAGAACACGAAGCGGGGGCCAUGACUACGAAGGCCUAUCUUAUGUAUCAAGAGACCCUUUCGUCAUCAUUGAUCUUAUCAAUCUUCGUUCUAUCGAGGUUGACAUAAAGAAAGAGAGUGCUUGGGUCCAAGCAGGCGCUACUCUUGGAGAGGUGUAUUACAACAUUGCACAAAAGAGUAACGUCUAUGGCUUUCCAGCAGGGACUUGUCCAACAGUUGGUGUUGGAGGACAUAUCAGUGGAGGUGGAGUUGGAACCAUAUUCCGAAAAUAUGGUCUAGCAAGUGACAAUAUCAUUGAUGCCAAAAUUGUAGAUGUCAAUGGCAGAAUUCUAGACAGAAAGGCCAUGGGAGAAGAGCUCUUUUGGGCUAUAAGAGGAGGAGGAGGAUCAAGCUUUGGGGUUAUUCUAGCAUGGAAACUUAGACUGGUUCCUGUUCCCCCAACUGUAACAGUUUGCGAUAUUUCAAAGACAAAAGAACAAGGUGCAAUGGAACUUCUUUUGAAAUGGCAAGACAUUGCAGACAAGUUCCCGGAAGAUCUUUACGUACGUUCUGUAAUAGGAAGUGGUAGCAACACUAUUACAGUUGAAUUUCUUUCCUUGUUUCUAGGGCCAUUAAACCAAGCUGUGAAGGUGAUACAAGAAAACUUUCCAGAGUUGGGUUUAGAAAGCAGCCAUUGCACCGAGAUGAGUUGGAUUCAGUCUGUGUUGAGCUUUGCUGUCUACUCAAUAGACGAAUCCUUAGAGAUUUUGCUGAAGCGCCGGCAGUUCAGCUACUUCUUCAAAGCAAAAUCAGACUUUGUGACUGAACCCAUCUCAGAAGCUGGCUUCGAAUGCCUGUGGAAAAUUCUGCUUGAAGCAAACACAUCCUUUAUGAUAUUGACACCAUAUGGAGGAAAAAUGAAUGAGAUUUCCGAGUCCGAAACUGCUUUCCCACACCGAAAAGGAAACAUAUAUGAAAUCCAGUAUAUGGUUAUUUGGGGUGAUGUAAAGGAUACUGAGAAGUAUGUUGGAUUCAUGAGAAGGUUGUAUGCAUACAUGGCACCAUAUGUAUCAAAGUCCCCUAGAGCUGCCUAUUUGAAUUACAGAGAUCUGGAUUUGGGGAGGAACAAUUAUGGGAAGACAAGCUAUUCACAAGCAAGCAUUUGGGGUUUGAAGUACUUCAAGAACAACUUCAAGAGACUUGUUCGUGUUAAGACAUUGGUUGAUCCCGGCAACUUCUUUAGGAAUGAGCAAAGCAUCCCUGUACUUUCAUCUAGUAGAAAAUAG